CCAGUCUCUGUUAAAAGAGUUAGACCGGGGCCAGAGUUGGUGCUGGGGGGUCGCCUAUAGUUUAGUAAUUUCCUGGGGGGUAAUUGCUAGUUUUUUUUUAUCCCGUCAGAUUUUCUAUUUCAUUUUAUUUUUUAUAUUUUUACUACUCUGAAUUAUCGCCACUCUCACUGUUAAGAUCUGAUAUCCCCACGAGAUUUUUCCUUUCAGAUCAUGAACAAACUAUAUGUUGGGAAUUUAAGUCCUUCGGUCACUGUCGAGGACUUGAAGGAGCUCUUUGGGGAGAAGAAGCUGCCAGUGGCCGACCAGGUCCUGCUGAAAUCCGGCUAUGCUUUUGUGGACUUCCCCGACCAGAACUCGGCCAUAAAGGUUAUAGAGACUCUUUCUGGUAAUGUUGAAUUACACGGAAAGGUGAUAGAGAUAGACUACUCUGUUCCAAGAAAACUAAGGAGUCGGAAGAUCCAGAUCCGGAACAUUCCCCCUGAUCUACAGUGGGAGGUUUUGGAUGGCCUGCUAGCUCAGUAUGGUACUGUAGAAAAUGUGGAACAAGUGAAUACUGACACAGAAACAGCAGUGGUGAAUGUUACAUACGCAACCAAGGAGGAAGCUAAAGAAGCCAUUGAGAAGUUAACAGGGCACCAGUUCGAAGACUACUCCUUCAAAGUGUCAUAUAUCGUGGACAUGGAUGCUGCUCCGCCCGACCAGGCUCCCCGCACGCGGCGUGGGGGGCGGUCCUCCCGGGAGGGUGGCUCUCAGCCCGGGCCCUCAGGAGACUAUGGCUCUCCCCGCACCAGACAACACGACUUCCCCCUGCGCAUGCUCGCGCUUUCUCAGUUUGUCGGAGCCAUCAUUGGCAAGGAGGGCCUCACCAUCAAGAACAUCACCAAACAGACCCAGUCUAAGGUGGACAUUCAUCGGAAGGAAAAUGCAGGGGCAGCAGAAAAGCCCAUUACCAUCCACUCAACUCCCGAAGGCUGCUCCGCCGCCUGUCGCAUGAUCCUAGACAUCAUGCAGAAGGAGGCCAACGAGACCAAGACGACGGAGGACAUCCCUCUGAAGAUCCUCGCCCACAACAGCCUCGUAGGGCGGCUGAUUGGGAAGGAGGGUCGAAACCUGAAGAAGAUCGAGGAGGACACAGGGACCAAGAUAACCAUCUCCUCGUUACACGACUUAACCAUUCACAACCUAGAGAGGAUCGUCACGGUGAAGGGCACCUUGGAUGAUUGUUGUAAAGCCCAGGUGGAGAUCCUGAAGAAACUGAUAGAAGCCUCCGAGAACGACAUUGCUGCUAUGAACCAACAGGCCAACCUGAUCCCAGGCUUGAACCUGAACGCUCUGGGCAUCUUCUCCUCUGGCCUGCCGAUGCUACCCCCUGCUGCCGGACCCCGCUGUGCAGUGCCCCACAUGGCUCCAGCAGGAUACAACCCAUUCUUAAGUCACUCUUCACAUCUCAGUGGCCUGUACGGGGGUCCUCCAGCAAGUGCCAUCACCCACCAGCACUCAACUCCAGAACAGGAGGUUGUCUACCUCUUUAUUCCAACUCAGGCAGUCGGGGCCUUGAUCGGCAAGAAGGGCCAGCACAUCAAACAACUCGCCCACUUCGCUGGAGCUUCUAUCAAGAUUGCUCCAGCUGAGAAUCCUGAUAGUAGGAUGGAUGGUGAGAGGAUGGUUACUAUUACUGGAAAUGCAGAGGCUCAGUUUAAGGCCCAAGGUCGGAUAUUUGGGAAGCUGAAAGAGGAGAACUUCUUCUCAGCAAAGGAGGAGGUCAAACUGGAGACGCACAUCAAGGUUCCCUCAACCGCAGCUGGCAGGGUCAUCGGUAAAGGCGGAAAGACGGUAAAUGAGCUGCAGAACCUUACAAGUGCUGAGGUCAUCGUGCCGCGGGACCAAACCCCAGACGAGAACGAUGAAGUCUUUGUGAAAAUCAGCGGUCAUUUCUUUGCCAGCCAGACUGCACAGAGGAAGAUCCGGGAGAUCAUUCAGCAGGUCAAACAGCAGGAACAGAAGCACCAGCAGGGCACCGCCGUGUCACCGCACCACGUCAAGUGACCAGCGGGGCGGCUCCGGCGGGUGCCAGCCAAUGAAUGUAGCCCUCCCAAACGGACAGAGACCCACCCAGACAAAGGCCACGGCCAAGGGGGACAUGCAGGGCAGACCAGCAGCACCAGGAUCAAAACCAAAGAACUUCACUAGGGGGGAAACAAGUAAGAGCCAAAGGCUGAGGGCAUUGUGUGCACUGCCAGCCCUGUGAGAGCAGAUAGAGUGGGAAAAAACCGUACUGAUAUAAUAGAACAAAAAAAAAGACCAAAAAAAUCUAUAAGGAACGUGGACAUGGCAGAGAAUUUUGGAACUGUUGUCGUCACAGUUCCAAACAGGAAAUAGUAUGUCGCCCUGAAUAACGUUAUCUCUUUAGUUGGACUAACAUAGGCCUAACAAACUGAUAAAGCAAAUGUAUUAACACAAGCGUAUACAAGGCAUUGUGAUAAAUAUUUUAGGUUAGAACGAGCGCGAGGGACAAUGGACUCUCACAUGAGUUAGAGAUAUUCAGAUUGAAAGAUGAAAUAUCCUUAGCAGUAUUAACACAGAGUAGAAAAGUAUAUUGAUACACACUGAGAGUACGCACUGUUAUUUUCCUAUCAAAAUGACAGAACAACUUGGUUUAGUUUCUAAUAUUUGUGCUUGUUCCAGAGAUUGAUUGUGCUCUGACAGCCUCAUAAGGCAAUUCCCCUUGUGUGUUCACAGUAUAGGCCACUGAAAUCAAAAGAAAAACACUUGUAAGAAAAUAUGGCGAAUGGGUCUUUUUAACAAGCCUGUGUGUGUGCCAACGCAAAAGAUAACGUCCCUUUUUAAGUGUCUCUCACCAAUCAUAUCUGAUGCUUCGACUCUUUUUUUCUUUUAUUUCUUUAUUUUCUGCUUAUUUCUGCUUUAAUUUCUCAUCACUCUCUCUCAUCUGGCGUGUUUUUUUAAUAGGUUAAAAACAUAUUUGUUGUCAAGGAACAGUUUCUUCCCCCAUAGCCCUCAUUGAACUGCCACUUUCACUCAACAGAGGUUAAACGCAUCAGAAGAAUUUUUAAACUGAUGUAAUUCUUCCAUGCUGUACAGUAACUAUAACAGCAUUCAUGCUUGUUGUCCUGAUAUUUAAAAAAGAAAUCUAAACAUUGUCUAAUAAAGGACGAUCAGAGCAAAUCUUAAAAAAACGAUUUGGUCAAAGUUAAUUUGCUUACAGGUGACCAGUCGUUUUGAAUGUGCAGCGCCACACACUCGGCCUUAUUUGGGACGUCAUGAUGUCCGACACAAACAUAAGAAAGUAGACGUUGUUUUGAGGGAGGGUGCUCACUUUUGGUGCGUGAAGUGGCAGUGAGGAAAAAGUGUUGGGUUAGAGGGUGGUCUGGGAGGCACUGUAUGACCUGUGGUACACACACAACCGCAAACGUGACCGCAGCCGUGUUUGGCUUUAACCCUCUCUUGUCAGGGAGCUUUCUAAAAUGGAAUGACAGCUGUGAAUGUACGAUAUGCAGCCUUUUAGAAGAAUCACCCCUGCCGUGUCCAGCAGGCGGGGCCACAGACACAGACACACAGAUUGUCAUUCUCACCCUCGCUCUUUCUUUUAACUUUUUCUUUUUUGUUUUCUUUUGGCGAGCCAGCCGACCGCUCUGCGAGUGCGCUGGACACGCAGGUCCUCCUGGUGUCCCUUUACUGUGGAGACCAUGGAAGCUUGUUGCCUUAUUUUGUCAACUUUUAGACAUCACCCAUCAGCUUCAUCUUCCAGACGCAAGGUUAUUGCCAAUACGCACAGCUUCCUCCGUGUGUGUGCGUUUGUGUGCGAGUGCGCAUGUGUGUGUAUAUAUAUAUAAAAAGAGAGAGUAAUAUUUAUGAAUCUAUUUUUUUCCUAUUUUGUGAUGAGAGCUAUUGAUAAGAAACAAAAAGAAAAACAAAGUCCUUUUCUUUUCUUCCUCAGUGGGACACUGCCAUAUUAUUUUGAAGGGAAGUGUUUAUUUUCUUGAAAACUAGACUAUGAAUAAUAAUAUAAACAAAAAUCCUGAAAAAUAGGAGAACAGUUAAGUGAACCAUCGAUAACUUUGGUCAGGAUGUGAACAGUGCGCAUGUCAGUAUUGUGAUCUACCUCAGGCUUCAGGGUACCUCAGUCCAAUCUUUCAUUUCCCCUUUUUCCACAUUUUGUAUGCCUUGUUAACUGAUCAUUUUGAGCGUUUUUAAUUUUCUUUUUUAAUGAAAAAAAGACAAAAGAUCUACAGUAAUCUCUAAACUCUUCAGGUCCAGUCAACUAGUGAAACUUUGUCAACCGUAGUCAACUUUGUUGGACUGUCUUUACCUGGACGCCAUACAACCUCUUAAUGAUACACGUCAAAAGGAUUUCAAAGUACAUUUUCUGUAGAAAGGAAUGAAGAGCAGGAUCUAAGGGGUACAUACCUGCCCGAAGUGGUUCUGAAUGUGGAUGUUGUGUACUGAUUUCACAGAAAUCAAAGAAAGGAAAGAAAAGUCAGUUGAAAACAAAGCGGAACCAUCUGUACCUCCUGCUUUUCCCAACUGUACCUCCAGGUUUUUUUUAGACUUUAAAAAAAAACAACAAUGAAGUUUAUUCACUUGUGGAUAAAAAAAAAAGAUUUUUUUAAACAACCCAAUUCAAUCGUACCAGCUCUAUUUGAUAAAAACAUACUCUGGGGUUGAUUUGAAGAAAACACAAAGCUGCAAAAAUACACUGAUGGGACUCUUUGAACUUGGUGUAAAACCCCUAGUCUUCUGUGUAGAAUGUAGAACAACUCUAGUCGUUGAAAUGUCACUGUGUACGACAAGAUACCUGUAUAUCUGUAAACAUGUACAAUAGAGUCACACAUUAAUGCAUCGUUUUUUGUUUCUAUAACACUUCAGUCUACACCUACGAUGUGAGAGAUGGUGGGAGAAGUUUUAGAGCGUCACAGUUUGCCUCAAAACUGACCUCUAAACGGUUUUCUCAUCAAUCUAUAGAUGAUUUUUUUUUUUUUGAUGUGCUGUACAUUUCAGAAUUACCUCUCAGAAUCCAAGGCUGACUUUAGUUACUAAAACCGAUGUAGGGCGAAAAAUAAUUAAAUAAAGGAAUGAUAUAGUGAAAGUUAGUGUUUGUCUUUGGAGUUCUUUUAACUGUUGAGAGCUGAUUAAUUUUUUUUCCCGAGGGCAUGCUUUUGUCAUCAGAUGAGCUGGAUCAUUGUCCCAGUAAACACAGAUUAGCAUUGCUGAACUAAAAAAUAAAAGGUCUAUCGAACUCACACAAUGCCUGAGGCUUUCUGUAACAACAGCAAGCCUCCCCACAGCCGGUACAGUACCUCAUACUGAUGAUGAUCACUCACCAGACCUGAUUCAAAUGACCCCCUGACCUUAGCCACACCAAUGCAGUACGGUGCUUUAAAUCGAAACACGUGACUCCUGUGGUGGUCUGCUUCACUGUAGUAGGGCAUGUCAUGGAGAGAACGGCUCUUCGCUGUAGCACUGGAAAUUGCAGUUUGUCACUCAUGGUUUAACUUGGCAGGACUAGCUUUUUAAGAGCAGUAUUGAAGGCUCGUCUCGUGUUGCAGAGGACUCUUCAGAUCUCUGUCUCGCUUGUGUUUUGGCUCUUUACACAGUCAGUGCAGGUUUCCAUCCAGCUGGUUCGGUUUCACUGUGUCGGGUUCAGCACAGCGUCUUGGUUGUUGUAGGUCGGCCGCUGUCUGAGGAGGAAUCUUGUCAAAACGUAAUAGUUUCCUUUUCAUUUUAAUUUGUACUUCCAAGGAUUGGUGUUUCUAGGUUUUGUGGGGUGUUGCUAGACAUUAAUAUUCAGUACCAGAAAACCACAAUUACACACAUCACUGAGGGUGUACUGUGUUGUUAGUCAUAUCACAUGGUGGUUGGAUAGUUUAGGCUUUUAUUUUUCCUGUUGAUCUGGUUUUUUCUCGUCAUUUACACUGAUUUAAUGAUGUAGUCCGGAGCAGUAAUUGGGAUUCUUUGCUUUCCUGUUAGAUCACUACCAAUUAUACUAGUUAUUAAAUUGCGGUUGAAAUAUCCUAACUAGAAUGUUUAACAGAUUUGGGAAUCAUGAUGGAAAAAUAAAUGAAUCUGUGACAUGCAUAAAAAGAGGGAUGACAGAGUAACCAGGUCUGAUAAAAAAGAAAAAGCUAAUCAAAUCUUGUUCUGCGUCUGAACAAAAAAAUAGGGCAUUCAACAACCAUCCAAAAAAAGAUAGUUAGCUGAGGAAGGAUUUAGUAAAGUCUGGUUUGAUGUAUGCAGAACCACAGCAGUGUUUUUGUCUUGUCUUGUUGUUAAAUGGGAAAACACAAAGCAUUGCAUGAGACUGUUGUAGGCAAUCCAGUAUGUACACUUUAUAUAGCACUAGACUUUCAGUAGUGGUUUUCCAUGGAUCCAUUUCUUAACUGCUUUUCACCAUUUGGGAGAUUCCUUUUGUCCCCUCAGUAGGUCUCAACUCUCAAGUCCUACAUUUCCCACGGGCCAAAAGGUCCCAGACACCUCAAGGUAAUCGGUGACUGUGCGCUAGACAGACAUAUAUGAUCCAUUUUUAAUCCAUCCCGUGGAUUCAUGCCUUUCUGGUAACAGCCAAGCUGUUGUUUUGAGUUGUGAGUGAACUGUAUUGUUGAGCAACCUGGAUCUGAGCAAUAAAUAAUAUUUGAAAAAAGAAAA